UCAGAUGUGAAGCCCUCAAAUAUUUUAGUAAACUGCCGCAGUGAAAUCAAGCUCUGUGACUUUGGAGUCAGUGGACAGUUAAUUGACUCAAUGGCAAAUUCUUUUGUUGGCACACGAUCUUACAUGUUGGUAAGGAGAAUAUGUUGAUAAGUUAAGUAAGUGAAUGGUAGUUUUGGUAUUAUGUACUAAAAGAAAUUACAUGUUUCUAACCUUUAUACCUCCUUGGAAUGACCAAUGAGUAAUUUCUCCUUACCAUAUCAAUAGCAUUUCAACCAAAGAGGUGACAAGGAGAGAGAAAAUAUCAUCUGGGGAUAUUGUUUGAUUCAAGGCUAAAUUCUCAUAGCUAGAAUUAUGAUAAGUGUAUAGCACACUGUUAGGUGAAUUGACAGUGAGAUUUUGGGAGUGAAAGGGUUAAAAUGUAACAGUUAAAAUCCAACAUGGAAGCUAAGAAAACAAGAAAACAAUCCAUAGACAAGUUAAACUGAGGUGGAAAAUGCAUGAUAAGGAAGGCUUAAAGAUGUUUCUGAUACUUAAAAGGAGAUACAUGGUACAUGUAUGUCAUUCAUAGUUUGAGUAAGUUCUGUAACCUAGAAAAUUUCCUUUUAAUCAAAUAAACCUUAGAGAUUAUUUUGUCCAAGUACAUGAACUCUGAAAAGUAAGAAUAAGCCAUGAAAAGAGAACUUAAGAUACAGAAGAUUCACCUUAUUUGCAAUUAAUCUUUGACAUUUUAAAUUCUCAGCCUGAAAGACUUCAAGGAGCUAACUACACAGUUCAAUCUGACAUUUGGAGUUUUGGAUUAUCAUUGAUUGAGAUGGCAAUUGGAAGGUAUCCAAUUCCACCACCUGAAGAAAACCAAAAAAGCACAAGUCCAUCACAUCUAAAGAGAAUACCUCCAGGAACAAGGCCACCUAGUGGUGUGAGCAAUGAUGCAAGGCCAAUGGCGAUAUUUGAAUUACUGGACUAUAUUGUGAAUGAGGUGAUGCCAAAAGUCUUAAUAGUAAACUGAUGAAAGUCGUGUGAAUCAAUUUUUAAGGAAUUUAUCUUGCAAGUUAGUUUGUACUCUUUUUAUUUGCAUAAAAUUUGUGUAAACAGAGUAAGCAAGUUGAAUUGCUUUUCUUCCCUCCAUUGUUCUGACUAACCAAAUGUUUGAGUAACAUAUUGGUUGAUCAGUUUGAUCUCCUAAUAAUAUCUUUGGAGAAGGGUGCAUUUCUGUGUUGAUGUAAAGUUUGCCGCAAGUUCAGGAUUGCUGCAUUGUGUAAUCAUCUCCUUUACUGCUGGGAAAAUCUUUGUAGAAACUAUGAUAUAUUAGAAGAAUGGUAUAUUAUUGUCACUGAAGUUAUACAUUUUUGUUCUUUACUGGAUAGCCUCCUCCCCAGCUACCACCAGAGCAAUUUUCAGAAGAGUUUUGUGAGUUUGUCAACAAAUGGUAG